CGCAGCAGUGUUACGAUAAUGCACGCACGUCGAGCCCACACGUCGUACCCGAACGUUACGCUUCGAUGUGCACUCGUUGUACAGGUACAAUACGCCAAUAACGCGCGUGAAAUACGGUUUACCCGCGACCGGCAGGUGUAUUAUAAUCGUUUCACCAUUACGUUUGUAUUACGAGCACGGGAGUGGGUGUGCGAGUGGGAUAGGUGGUUGUUUAUUAUGUUAUAAUGUCGUUAACCGCGUGUGUACACUCAACCGAACCGAACGCAUCUGGUUCGCAUAUAAAUCGUUAAUUGUUAUUAUCGUAAAUAUGCGUCACAGUCGUGGACUGUUCAUGGCGUUAGUAAGUAAGGGGGGUGAGUCUAAGGGUUAGUGCCCCCCCCCCUCCCCGAUUGCUAUUAUUGGAUUACAGGUGCUCGGAGGUGGCGUGGAGUUGAACUACGGUGCGAAAUGAGGGGAAGAAGAAAAUGCAAGGGUCGCCAGAGAGGUGGAGAAGAUAAUCACGUGUCUCGGAAGGGCUUCGCGUGCCGUACCACCACCACCACCACUACCACUACCACCACCACCACCACCACCACCACCACUUGCACCAUCGUCUGCGCAACCGAUGUAUCGGUCGCCUAGCUAGGUCACCUACCGGGACACGAACAGUACAUAUUACCGUACGGCGGCGGAAAGACACAAUUUUCUUAUACAAACGAUAUUGUUCUCGCGAUGACCGCCGCCGAUAUGAUACCGUCGCGAAGAUUGAAACGUUGCAAGCAACUAAUAAUACACCGCGCGAGGGAUUAAAAUGCACCUGGUUGCUGCACCGCUGCGGUUGUCGUCUUCGGCUGAAUCCGAGAAAUCGCGUUGACCCGUCUUCGAACGCAAUCGCUAAUACCGUGGUUUCGUCAUACGUAUUCAUCUGUUAUUGUUGUCCACGGUGCAUUUUUUCAAGCGAGCAAGUGACAUGUGGUUAGCAAGUGUGUUGCUAUUAAUCGCGUACUCGAUGCACACGUCUCAUUGUUUGGAAUGCGAAUCAAAUCAAAACGGACAAUCUAUAAGUUUCUUUAAAACGAAUGGUGAUCUUUCAAUAACAGGUUUCUUUGACGUUUACGAUGAGAAAUGUUCAGGCCCGACAUCUACUGGUAUUCAUUCAAUGGAAAUGGUGGCCACCGUGGUACAAAUACUAAAUUCGAUCCAUUACAUUCCCGGCAUCACUUUGGGAUUAACAUUGUAUGAAGUAUGUUCGUCUAGAAGUUCAGAUCUACAAAAAGCUUUGAUAUCGUUCGUGGUUGAUCAAGAUUGCAAUAAUUCGACCGUACCUAUUGCUAUAUAUACCACCGAGGAUAUACGAUCUAAAAUUUCUGCGAACCCGUCCAUUGGACUGGACGUACCUAUCGCUGUUGUAGGACCAAUUAUUGACAUUGAUAUACAUGCCGAAGCAGCCGUUAAGUUUUUAACGGUAAAUGAUAUUGAUGUCGCGGACUUAAUGAUAGCACAGGACCAGGAUGUUGCUCAAAGGUUCGAAAAUGUAGCUAAAAUAAAUGGAUUGUGUUUGAACAGGACUGUUUUAGCUCAUGAGAUUGGGUAUUUGAACGAAUCUUCAAUAGUCAUAAUCAUAGCAAAUAAGAGUAUUAUUACGUUGAUUCUAGAAUCAUCAUCAAAUGUUCAUGUUUCUCAUUUCAUUAUCAUACCAUUGGAUGGACCACUACCACCUAAACCAGAUUUCGCGUACGGGUCGUACGUGUUUCAAGCGUACGGCAACUGCCCGUUAGCGAACAAGAGCGACGGCGAAGGGCUGUUGACCGCGACCCCGAGCACGAGUAGUAGUACCGCGGCCACGCCGACGGAGGGGGAACAAGCAGUUUCCGCGCAGUUCAUGCAGACGGCCGCGGACGUGCUGCGCAUAGUGGACGCGUACAACGGUAAGCCGACGGACUACGGGACGGAAUGCGGCGGCCGGAACGGAACGGUGGUCGAGUGCGGCGCGGCGGCGGCGGCCGGGAACUGGUCGACGGCCGGGAACCGGUCGGCGGCCGAGACGAUCGGUUACGGCGCCGAGGGGUUCGGCCGCGUGCUGGACAAGCUGUUGCUGUUGGACGGAAGCGGCGGCGAGUACAACGUGACGCUGGUGCACGUGACGGAAUACGGCGGCGGUGCGGUGGGCGCGUACGUCCAGGACUCGAGCGGCGCGCGACGGUUGCGGGUGGACGGCCGGGCGGCACGGUACUUGGACAAGUGCGAGGCGCCGAAGCCGUGCGCGACGUGCCGGCUACCGUCGACGGAGCCGUGGCCGGCGGUGCCCGCGUACGGUCCGCUGUCGAUCGCGUGGAAGGAGGACGUGUGGGUAGCGUGCACGCUGACGGUGUCGGCGGUCGGGGCCAUAUGCGCGGCGUGCAUAGCCGCGUUCAUAGUGAUCCGGGUGUGCAAGAAGGACGUGAUGGAGGGCAACCCGACGUUCUCGUUGGUGCUGAUCGCGGGCACGUUGCUCAUGUACGGCAGCGCGGUGCCGUUCGCCGUGGACCGCACCGGGCACCCGCACGCGGUCUGCUACGCGAAGCUGUUCGGCACGUGCGCCAGCUGCUCCGUCGUGUUCUCCACGAUGCUGGCCCGGUGCAUGAUGAUCGCCGCGUGCGACUGCGACUCCAGCUUCAUGAGCCACGUGAACGGGUACCUGCAGACGACGCUGUGCGCGUUCACCAUGUGCGUGCAGCUCGCGCUCCUGUUCCAGUUCGCCGCCAUACACGCCAUCGUGCCGUCGUCCGACCUGUGCCGCGUGUUCGUCGGCGGCAACCUGUUCCUGGGCAGCCUGGCGUACGACGCGCUGCUGCUGGCGCUGCUGUGCGCCACGUCGCCGUUCGUGUUCCGCUCGAAGCGCAACUACCGGGAGGGCGCGUGCUUCGCCGUCGCCGCGUACCUGGUGCUGGUCGUCUGGCUGUGCUGGUGCACCGCGUACGCGGUGCUGCCCCGCCGGUGGUCCGACACGUGCGUCAUGGUCGGCUUGACCGGCACCGCGACCGUGAUCGUGGUCACCGUGUUCAUACCGCGCACGUACAUGAUGAUGUUCGGCAUCGUCCGCGAGCAGAUCACCAGCUCGCUGCCGUCGCUGGGCUACGGCCACGGCGCCAGCGUCACCGACGUCAACUACCGGUCCACGCAGGCGCUCUACGACUCGGUCCACGUGGCCGCGCCCAAGUGCCACUCGACCAGCUUCAAGGGCCAGUCCAACCCCAACUACUACUCGCCGGCCGGGUCGAACGUGCACUCGGUGCCCAGGAGUCGGCCGCUUACACCGGUCAACGAGUACGACUCACCGCCGCCGUCGAUCGACAACAGGAUCACCAGGUUUUGAUUUUCACCUCGUCGCCCGCCCUUCCCUUACAAUCGGCCGUGGACACGACGCGUUACCCAUUAUCGGCAGGUUUUGAACGUUGCCCGUCCACCCGUUCCGUCGGACGGCUAACGUAAUAACACUGUACACGUGUGUAAUAUCGUUUCGUCCUCUUCGCCCCUUCCAUUUGGUCCGCAUUGUAGCGCGUCGUUUGAAAAUUACGACUCAUUAUUUCGUUACGUUUUCCGGUCACAUUAUCGUAACGUGUGUGUAUAAGGUACUUAGGUGUUUAUAGCCGUCACCCGUUUUCAUUUUUUACAAAUGUACAUAGCCCCGCACGUUUAUCAUUGGCGUGUAGUCUUGUAACAACGUUUAUAGACCCUUGUGGUUUUGUGCUACGGUAACAUGGUGUUUGCGUUGCAAAACUGAUUCAGGAAAUACUACUGCGAAAUGUCAUUAGAUGUAGUUUUUUAAUAUCUGUAGGUACACCGCAGGUGAGAAGUAACGCGAAUUCAUAUUUAUAUUAUAUCGAUAUGGUAAAAUAUUGUAACUCCAACAUUUUACGAAAGAUUUAUUAUUGCAAUUCCUAAAUUGCACAAGUAGUAAUCUAAUGUAUAAUAAUUGUGAAAAUGCAUUUUUUUUUUUUUUUUGCUAUUUAUUACUGAAAAGUUACAUACUUGUUACUUGCGUUACUGUACUUUUUACUUUUGAUGUACGGAUAUUGGUUAAGUACACUCAGUAGCUAUAAUAUGUAGCGUGCAUUAAUAUUGUUAGUCGACAACGAAAAAAUAUUUGUAAUUUGUGAACAAUAAAAUAUUGUUGACAAAUCGUUUUUUUUCUUUUCGAAUACUAGUAGCUAAUAUUUAAUAUAUUGACCACGAUCGUUGGCUAUUUGAACUUUUGGUCUAAAGAAGUGACAUUAUUAGAUCAAACUUGGUAAACGAGCACGGAAAAACUUAUUUGCGUGAGAUAAAAAUAACAAUUACACAGCUGGCUGUCAAAUUAUUAUUACUAUGUGGAUGAAGACGAUGGAUAACAUAUUUUUUCUUUUGAGUCAGUUUUCACAAUUUUACUUUAUGUGAUAGUUGACAUUUUUUGUUAAAUUAAUCAUAGAAAAUAACAUUUAAGACAACAAAGACAGCGGUUGUGAUAAAUGAGUUACACUAACAGGGACUAAAUUGAAGGAGAAAAUUGAUGAUUUAAUGUUUGGUACGACAUUUUGCGAGGACAAUAAGGAAAUGGGGAUUCUUGUCGUGUUGUGUUGAGUGUGAAAGACAAUUAAAUGAGGUAUAACGAAGGUUGCCGAUUAUUUUGUUAAUGUAAAGGGUACAGAAAAGAGUCAUUCAGGUCUAAUUCAUUUGAACGAAUAGGAAGAAUGAUAUUUAUGGGUGUGUGAAAAAUUAAUUACAGCGUUUCAUGAAACAUUCGUGUUCAUAUACCAUUGAUUAUAAUGAAAUGUUAAAAAAGUUUCUUUUGUGAGAUUUUAAAAUGGCUGGCGUAUGUUAAUUUGUAACACGAGGAAAUUGAUAUUUUGUAGAAUAACUGUGAUUUGUAAAAACAUUUAACUAAAAUUACCGGUUAAUGGCUACCGUAGUUUCACUACAUGGAUAAGACAUUACCGGUAGUACUUUGAACCAUGUGUAAGCCACUCGGUAUGUUGUUAUAGUUCUGUUAUUAGUGUAUUAUUAUGUGUUAAAUCAAUGGUGAAUUAUGUCAUUCAUAAAUUAUUUUGAUAGCAAAUAGG